CACCAUGAUGGAACUGCAGCUUACUUCCGGUGAGAGUGAAAGCUUCUUUCAUCUCACCAUCACUGGGCAGCUGGAGUCGGCCUACUUCCCGAUGGGCCCCGACGGUAAUGGAUUGUUCUGCCGAUACGACGUGGUUGCCGGUCCGGAUUGGGAACUCGUGUCCGGAUUGCAUUCAGCCGUCACACAGAGUGCCCGCACCGAGUCCGACUAUCGCACGGUGGUGUUCAAUAUGCCGAUCGAGUUCACAAUGAAAUCCACCAACCCGUACGGCUGGCCGCAGAUCGUUUUCAGCCUGUACGGUGCGAACCUGUGGAACGUGGAGACUAACCGCGGGUACGCCAGGGUUCACUGUCCGCUCAGUGGGGCUGGAGGUGAUGGGCUAACGGAGCGAACGAUGCGUGCUCCACUGUUCAUUCCCAAGUACGACAACAUGUGUUCGGCCGCGAUGAGCUGGCUGAGCGGUGUCAAUCCGGAAAUGCGCGAUCCAAAGAUACUGGCCGAUGGGUCCAAGCAUAAGGGUCUUUCGGUGGAAACGUACGGCGAGCUGGUGGUACGAUUGCAGGCCAUUUCGCGCGGUAGCAACCGGAUGGCGCUCGACUGGGGCCAGGCCACUGUGGAUAACAAAUUCUAG